GGGUUCAUUGUUCAGAGCCCUUCUGCCACCCCUGCAGCUCAGGGCUGAUCGUUUGGCAACGUGACAAGGGGGGGGGGGAUCUCCAAGCCUCUAGCUGCUCAAAGCACCAGCCCUGCCAACGCCGCAGCAGCGGGGCUGACCAUGAGCCGGUGCCCGGGCCGCCGGGCUGCUCCCCGCCAGCCAGCCGCGCUCCCUCUCCGGCGCGCCUCGGAGCCGGCGGCGGUGCGAGCGGGCGGUGCGGGGCGCUGCUCCCGGGGAGCCCCGCGCUAAGCGCCGCCACGCACCGAGCGGGCCCCGGCUCCCGCCGCCGCAGAGGAGCCGGGACUCUGGGAGCCCAGUUCAGCCCAUAGGGACCGUGCCAGGCAGGCCGCCGCUUGCAGCAGCACCGCCCAGGCGCCGGGGGCUGCAGCGGCGUGGGCCCCUGUCUCGCGUGGGCGGAUCGCAGCGGCGGGGCCAUGCCCGGGCGCUUCUCCAGCUGAAGGAUCCCGGGGGGCCCGACAGCCCCGCCCGCCGCCCCGCUUCCCCGGCUCCCAGGCAGAACCAAACACUAGCAGUGAUGUGAACAAUGGCUGGUCACGCCAAAGCGACCCUGGAGCCAGCGGGCUCUUCUCCUGCCUCCUUUUCUCCCCCAGGCUCGCCUCAGCAAAGAGACCCGACGGUCAGUUCCCAAGAGAUAACCAGCCAGUUCGCCAGCGCCAGGAGCAAAGAGGACUGGGAGAACCUGGACGGGAGUGAGUUGAUUUUCACCUUGGAUAAGGAUGAAGAGGAAGGAGCUGCCAAUUUGCCUGAGAACUCUGUUCUGUAUGUGGACACUGGGCAGUGUGAAGGCCAACCUGGAUCUUCGUUCCAUAGGCCAUUCCCUCCGGCUUCUCCUCCAGAGCUGGGCUUCCUGAUUGACAUCCCCUUCUAUCACCUGCCUGGCUUCUCUCCACCGAGCUCCAGUGCCCCCCCAAAUCUGCAGGGCUCCCCGGGCCCCAAGCCCCUCAUUAACUUAGUGAAGUCCCUGUCGACCGAGAUACAAGCCAAGGAGAGCUGCCCUCUCAAGCCCCAGCCCUUGCUGAACUUGGUCAAGUCCAUUUCGACGGAGAUCUCCCACCUGGAGCCUGAGGUGACGCAGUCCAAAUCAGACUCGAAGCUCAAUGUGCAUCUGUGGAGGCAGAUCACCCAUCCCAAGAGCAGAGAUGGGGACUCCAGGACAGCCCCCUCCUCCCCCAAUAUCUCCCCUUCGGAGAGCAAAGGCAGCUUCUUCAGGGUGCAGGAGGCCAAGUUCGAGGACACGAAGAGGAGGUUCUCCGAGGCCAUGCAGGAACCUCUCAGCAGACUCAGCAAAAUCAUCGGGGACGAGAACAGCGUCUCGGCCAAGUAUAAACUGCCCCACUCUGGUGCUUACGUCCAUGACUCCCUGUCCAGCCACAGCGGGGACUGCACUAGUGCGGACGUCAAGGCUGCUAGGCCCAGUCCCGGGAAAGCGGAGAGCGACCGGCCGGGAGAGCACAUGUGCAAAGCGAUCCGGAGGACCCAGGCGAAGGACAGAUUCCCCUUGGAGCACAAGUGGGGGCCCGCCUUGAACUGCAGGUACGAGAUCUGCUCCUGUGGAGACGUAAUCCAGGUGGUGGAAAUGGAGCAGAGCGAGAACGGCCCGGAGGAGGCGCAGCUGCGGCAGCCCCUGGACGAGCUCCUCCCAGCCCAGCCUGGCAGCCCGGUGCCAUGCAAAACCCUCGCCUGCGUCGCCAUCUUGGCUUACAAUUACUUCAUCCUGCCUCUGCCCCCUUACCUCUCGGGCCUCUGUUUGGGACUGGCCUGCGGGUUCGUACUAGGCUUCCUGGUCAUCCUGCUGUUCGUGCCAAAGCCUUCCCUGGCUCCCCGGCAGGGACGGUACCCACAGGACAAGCUGCACUCGGAGCUGCUAACGAGGAAGCCACGGGAACCAGACGUCCUCAAGAGCUGGAUGAACGAGAUGUAUUUCUACGACCCGGAGACCUACCACCCGUCGCUCACUCACUCGGUGUUUGUGACGCUGGAAGGCUCCGCCAUGAAGCUCUCCUACCCUAAGAACAACGUCCCGCGCCGAGCCACCUUCGAAGAAGAAACCCUCGACGUGGCCUUUGUCAGCCAUCGGCACUACGACAUGAGCAACGCCCAGGUCUUUCUCUUCCCACCGGGCCUGGCCCGAAAGAGGAUGUGGAACAAGAAAUAUCCCAUCUGCAUUCUGUUCCCAGACCAAGAGGACCAGAAUUUCAGAAGCUCAAAUGAGCAUGACAUGGACCUCUCAAGAGAUGAAAGCCUGAAAAUGUCUUGGACACCAGGCCAGGACGUCCCCCUGAAGCCUCCAGGGGACCUCCGGGAAAGGACUCUCUACCUCUUUGGAAGGACAGGAAGGGACAAAGAAGAGUGGUUCCAACAUCUCACGACAGCCUCCCUAGGGGACUGUCAUGAGGUGCAGAGUGCCAGCUGGAGUGAAGGCAAAUUUGGAUUCGGUCCGAACCAGCUCUCCAGCCCUUCAGGAAAGGGCAUCAACAACAGCGGCAGCAGCCGGGGAAGCACGGAAGACAUCCCUUCGUUGUUGAGACCCAAGGAUCUAGCUGGCACCGUCCGGCAGAAGAUUCUUCUGGAUUACAGCACCUACAUGUCCCGGUUUGUCCAGCCAGAAACGGGCACCAGCCCCCUCCAGAGCCCCUGUCACAGCGCCAGGGGCAGCCCAACCUCGCAAAAGUUCCUCAGGGACAUGAAUGGCAGCAGUGAAUUGUCCAUGGCUUGGAUGAAUGCACUGGUUGGGCGAAUCUUCUGGGACUUCCUGAGGGAGAAAUAUUGGAUGGACCAAGUGUCAAACAAGAUCCAGAAGAAGUUAAGCAAAAUCAAGCUGCCGUACUUUAUGAACGAGCUCACGCUCAACGAGCUGGACAUGGGGACAUCCAUCCCCCUCGUUCUCAGUGCCUCCAGUCUGAUCAUCGAUAACCGAGGGCUUUGGGUGGACGUGGAAGUCAUCUACAACGGCGCCCUACAGAUGACACUGGAGACGAAGAUGAACUUGUGCAAGCUGGGGAAAGAGGCACUGGCGGAGGAGAGUGGGCACGCGGCUGCUGGUGGGGAAGGGGCGAAGCCUCGGGGGAUCCUGCUGGCAGACAGUGAUGCAGAAUCCUCCAGCGCCGGCUCCUCUGACGAGGAAGACGUCCUUGCAGCAGAGUCUUCUGGAGCCCUGGGAGAGAGGAUCGUCCCCUCUCCUGCUGAAGGCCACGGUGGCGGCAACAGCACCAGCCGCAAGAUCCUGCGCUUCGUGGAUAAGAUCGCCAAGUCCAAGUACUUCCAGAAGGCCACUGAAAACGAAUUCAUCAAGAAGAAGAUCGAGGAGGUGUCCAACACGCCGCUGCUGCUGACUGUGGAAGUCCAGGAGCUGGCCGGGACCUUGGCUGUGAAUAUUCCUCCACCCCCGACAGACCGAAUCUGGUACAGCUUCCGAAUCCCUCCCCAGCUGGAGCUGAAAGUCCACCCAAAGCUGGGCGAGCGGGAAGUCACCUUCAUCCACGUCACGGAAUGGAUUGAGAGGAAGCUGCAGCAUGAAUUCCAGAAAAUUUUAGUGAUGCCAAACAUGGAUGAUCUCAUCAUUCCCAUCAUGCACUCCGGCUUGGACCCCCAGCCCCCCAUGGAGGGGUCCUUCAAGGACCUUCCAGCGGAUAGUGAGAAGUGGCUCUGAAAAGUGACCCACUGGCUGGGUCAAGACACUUGGCAGAACUCUGGAGGAUUUGCGGAGAUGCCCAGCUAACCGGGGCCUGGCCACCAGUCACCACACAGGAGCCAAGACACUGAUCUGAAAUCGCCGGGUUCAUCUCUCCACCUCAUCGUCAGCAUCCCCCAGCCCAGCAAAGGAGCCUCCUCUUCAAAUAUGGUACAGCACAGUAAGGACAGAAACAUACACCCCCGGGGGGGGAGCAAGUUGGAGUCACCCAAGCAUACAAAACUCCAGGUAGCUCAUCCAUCACCACCAGGUUCCUCUGGAUUAACACAACUCCCUUGUGGCCAGGUGGGCAUCUUCUGUGCCAGCCGGGGCAGGAACUUGCUCAGCACUGUCUGCUUUACAAAGGGGGGUGCAAGAAACCCCAGGGACGGGGGAAGCCUGAGGUCCGAGGAGUGUUAAUCAGACGUUGUGAUCAGAAACGGUCCACGCUUAUUGCAUCAGCACCGGACAUCCUUUAAACAGGCAGCCGGGUCUGCCAGGAAAACUGCAGGCAGGAAAUGAACUGAAACACACACACAAAAACCCAUAACCCCCAUUGCCCCUACAAGUGUUUUAUUGUACUCUGAGUCUCACCUCCACGCAGCAGGCAGAGAGAGAGAGAGAGUGUGUGUGUGUGUGUGUGUCUGUCUGUCUGUGACAGGCUGCUUUGUAUCUGUGUCUGGACACAUAACAGUGAUGUUACCUGGCUCUGACAGCCCCCAGCCCAGGGGAGGGGAGGACCAUGUGCCCCUCAGUCUGGGGAGGAGCGUGUGGGAGGUACAGGCAGGGAUGCACAGCCCUGCUCCUGGCCAGGCAAUGGCUGUCACAGGGGGUUAGUUGAAGGGGGAGAGUGGGGAAAGCGGCCAUUUGAUGGUAACCAGGCAGCAGCAGUGUGGGGAGGGACUGAAACAGUCACAUGUCAAAAUCCACCGACUGUUCCGUCAGGCGAAGUUGGGGCAGAGGGUAGGGACGUGGGGGUGAAUCCCCCAGUACCUAAGAGGCGGGGAGCCUGGGGGGGAGCGCUCAGUAUGUCAGGGAAGGGAGCGGAGGGGAAGUCCCAUGAGCCUCAGAGAGAGAGCGAGAGCGGCUUGUAGACAAAAAGAGAGGCAGCAUUGUCAGCUGCCCAGGUUCAGCCCAUCCUGAGCUCAUGCCCUCAGCCCAGGCAGUGCACCCUGCGCCUGGGGAAAGCGGAGGCCAUGGGAAUGCCUGGGCACGAGGCCCCGUGCAGGUCAGGGCUCGUGGCAGCACCUCUAAUAGGUCAAAAGCAGGGGAGGAGACAGCAACAGCCCUCUUCUCCCAUCCCAGGCCCAGGGGAGCCUUCAAAUGGAGGACUGGAGUGAGCCAGCCUCACUGGGGAUCAGGAAGCCGGUGGAGCGGAGGUCGGAGGGAGAUCGAGUGGUG